AUGGCUCCUGCCGGUCAGUACCUCACCGACGCCCGGCCCCUGCUGACCGCCAACUGGCUGGACCGCUGGGGUCGCAGCGCCGAUUGGCGGUUUGUGCUUGACAGGGCGUUACAACCCGGAGCCUGGGCCUUGGCGCCGGGAGACGCAGAGUCGGAGGGAGGCCCGGCUGGCGGUCCCGGCACCAUGAGCUCCGCCAGGUCCGCAGAGGAGAGCCUCGAGGGGAACACGGGGAGAACAGGGUGGAAGCGCACGGGGGGCGCGGCCAAAGUUGCUUUCAACGACGUUUCCACGUAUUUCUCCAAGGACGAAUGGACAGAGGUGGGAGACGGGGAGAAAACCCGGCACAGGAACGCCAAGAGGAACUGGGAAGCGCUGACUUCCAUAGGUCUCAGGGCCCCUCGACCAGCUUUCAAGUGUCACCACAGGCAGGCCGUCAAACGCCGGGAGGAUGACGCUGAGGAUUCUGACGAAGAAUGGACGCCCAGGCAGCAAGUCAAACCUUCUUGGGUGGACUUCAGGGUGGAACAGAGUAAACACCAGAGGGGAAUGCCCAGAGCACCACUAAGUAAUGAAUCUAGUUUGGAGGAAUUGUCUGAACAGCUGAAAACAAGUGGCUCUGAACAGAUCCAGAAACCAGUGUCUCCUCACUGAGAAGCAAGUACCUCUGGGCAGCACUCUAGAUGAAAAUUGGAACUCAGGAGAAAGGAGGUUGAAGUGAAGAUGUACAGCCUACAAGAAAGUAAGGGCCGUGCAUAUCAAGAGGUCAGUGAGCCACAGGAUGAUGACUACCUCUAUUGUGAGAAAUGUCAGAAUUUCUUCAUUGACAGCUGUGCUGCCCAUGGGCCACCUACAUUUGAGGACAGUGCAGUGGACAAGGGUCAUCCCAACCGCUCAGCCCUCACUCUGCCCCCUGAGCUAAGAAUCAGACCAUCGGGUAUCACUAAGGCUGGGCUUGGAGUAUGGAACGAGGCAUCUGAUCUGCCAUUGGGUCUGCACUGCCCCUAUGAGGGCCAGAUCACAGAAGAUGAAGAGGCAGCCAACAGCAGAUACUCCUGGUGGUCGUGGAUGGAGAUAAUAUGGUUAGUUCUGUAUCACUGCUAUGAGUAUGUAGAUGGAAAGGAUAAAUCUUGGGCCAAUUGGGUGAGGUACGUGAACUGUGCGUGGGAUGAUGGGGAGCAGAAUCUGGUGGCCUUUCAAUAUUGCAGGCAGAUCUUCUACCGAACUUCCCAGGUUGUCAGGCCGGACUGUGGACUGCUGGUCUGGUACAGAGACAAGUACGGCCAGGAGCUGGGCAUCAAGUGGGGCAGCAAGUGAAAGAGAGAGCUCAGGGCAGGCAGAGAACCAAAGCCAGAGAUCCAUCCAUGUCCCUCCUGCUCUCUGGCCUCCACUCAGAAAUUCCUCCAACAGGUGGAACGCAAUCACCCCUCUCAGAUCCUCCCAGGAACAUCUGCAAGAAAACACCUCCAACCAGAGGAUCCCUGCCCAGGCAACCAGAAUCAGCAGCAGCAACAUUCUGAUCCACACAGCUGGAAGAACAAAGCUCAAGGUCAAGAGGUCAAAGAAAGUUCCAAACCUUUGCUUAAAAAGAUAAGGCAGAGAAGGAUUUCAAUGACUCUUCGCCGGCAGCAGGAGCUGAUCUCCGCGGGACCCACCGCCCCGCCCCGCGCCCGCCCCCGCCCCCGUGAGACCCACCGCCCCCGAGUCCCGCCCCCCCGAGCCCGCCCCAUCUCCACCCCUGCCCCACCCCCCGCAAGUCCCCUCGACUCCACUUCCGGUCCCGGGAGGAGCCGUCGCGGCCUCCGCAGCGGCUCGCGUGGCGUGACCUCUGGCCACCUGGCGCAGUCCAGCCGGCCAGCCGUGAGCUCGAGGGCCGCCCCGCGGCUGCGGACGCUCCAGCGACACCUGGGCUCCCCGGAGGUAGAGGGCAGGCCUGGACGCUGGGUUCCUGUCCCCUCGUCCGCCUGGUGA